UCUGCGUGAGAUGUUCGGUGACAACCUGAGUGAUGAUCUUCCGGCGCAAUUCCAUGAGGUAGAAAUAUCUCAAAUUCAGCGGCUAUUGGAAAGACGCGAUGACAUCAGUUCGGACACUUCAGAUGAAGACAUCAACUCAGACGAGGACUUUGAUGACGCUGGCGAGGAGACAAUGGAUGUUGACGUAGAUGACUCGUCGAGCGACGAAGAAGCAGAAAUGCUUGCAGAGAGGGGAAGGGGCGCCGCGAGACGAGACCCAGUGACGAACGACAGCGCGGAAUGGACUCUGCAUCAACCUCGUAACGUCGCGAACAAGCCAUUGUUUACUGGUACAGAAGAGUUACGGGUGUCUGAAGGAUGCACUACUCCGUACGAUUUUUUCAAAGAACUCUUCACUGUAGAGUUUUUAGAAGGAAUAAUUACGGCCAUAAACUUGUUUGCCACAAAUCUUAUUAGCAAUAACUGCUUUGCUAAUGGUCGCAUUCACGCGUGGACACCUUUGACGGUCGCGGAGUUUCUCAUAUUUCUGGGAAUUUUGUUCCAUAUGGGAAACAUAAAAUUAAACCGAUACUCCGAUUACUGGAGACGACAUCGCUUAUACAAUUUGUUUACGAAAGAUUACAUGUCUUGUAACAGAUUUUUACUUAUAUUUAGAUGUUUGAAGUUUGGAGAAGAUAAUUUAGACUCAUUGUUUAAGUAUUUUAAUGAAAAAAUGACUGAUUUGUAUAGUCCUGGGGAAAAUUUAUCCAUUGACGAAUCGAUGAUUCUAUCAAGAGGCCGAAGUGGGAUUAGGCAAUAUAUGCAGGGAAAACGCCACAAAUACGUAUUGGCAACUCCCGCUGGUACUGCACUCCAAGUACAUAUGUACAGGGGUAAGCGAGACGCAGAAGUCGGAGGGCAAGGUCACACAGAUAAGGUAGUGUCAAAACUUUUAAGAAUCGUAAGGUCGUAUUGCCACGAGUACAUGCGUAUGAAUGGUAUAUACACCAUUGAAAUGUACCUACAACCAGAAAUGAUCGCGACAAGUCCGUGUGAAGCUACUACACGUACAUUUUAAUAGAUCCCACGCAGAUUGGAAGACAUCGUAUUUAAAACUAUUAUAUGCUCGUGUAUACAAAGCUAUCGCAAGCUGUGCACAUGUUGCAAGCGUAGUCUAUUUUUUAUCUUGGGCCAGGCAUCAAGAAGUGAUUGACGCGCAUGCUGACUUUUUAGACGAAUUGACAAUUGAUUUUGAUCAAACAGAAUAAAAAUAUUGUUUUUUUAGAACUGGAUUUUAUUUUUGUUCCUCUUGAUAUUAAACAAUAUAACAACAGCAACGCAAUAUAACAGCAGCUACUCAAAGUAUUUUGGAAAUAAUUCCGAUAGUUCUGACUUAAUUCAUUGCAUAAAUGCUAUAAUGAUAAGAAAUGCUUUUUUGUUUUUUUUUUUAUGAUAGAGGAGGCAAACGAGCAGACGGAUCACCUGAUGGUAAGCGAUUACCGCCGCCCAUGGACACCUGCAAUACCAGAGGGGUUGUAAGUGCGUUGCCGGCCUUUAAGAUGGGAGUGGGAGAAUCAACUUUUUAGCGUCACUCGUUGCCAUGGUUACGAUUAGUUGUCCAGGGGACAAAAGUUCAUUGAAAUACUGAUUUUAUGGUAUUUAAAUGUAUCAAACUUGCGUUUUUGUGGUCGUUAUAACCAAUGUCCAUAAUGGGCCCCCUACUAAGCAUGUUAAUAGAACGGCAUACAACGUCUCUUCAAACAAACUGUGCCACUGUUGUCCCUUGGACAACGGGACAGGAUAACAAAACAAAAAAAGUUGAUUCACCCGAGUACG